UUCACUGCCAUGUGCGCGCUACUUCACAUGACAACUAGCUAUGCAGCCAACAUCAGGAUAACUGUUUUUCCGGUAUAGUCGAUCUAUAGUCUAGACACAAUGUCUUUGGUUAGCCGAAGUAUGUGAUGAUCGCAGCUGUCAAACUCAAACUUAGCCGAACAAGACAAGUUCUUUCCUUCACGUCAACUCAGAACUGGAGUAUCUGCUCAGCAUGGCACUGUACACGAAAGCCGCCGAGAUCCUGGAGAAAGUUCAGAGGAAGGAGGGAGCUGUGAAGACCUUGGUCUACGACAGCAAAUUUCGAAACAUAAAGCAGCUUUUUGCCCUGGUCUGCGAGACACAGAAGUAUUCGUCUGUCCUCCAAAAGAUUAUCGAGUCCACCAAACUCCUUAAACAAACCAAGCUCAAACUGAACCUGGCCAUGGUGCUGGUGUAUGACCUGGUAAUGGGCCGGGGGCUUAAGUGUGGUGGAAACUGGAAGGUCGUCAUGAUGAAGCAUCGCUCCCGGCUGCAGGCGGAGCUGGCCCGAAUUAAGAUCAGACACAAGGUCAGCCGGAAUCAAGACCUGCUACCGGCAGGCACCCAGUACCCAGAGGCCGAUCAACUCCCCAGGUACGUGCGUGUGAAUACUCUGAGAACUACAGUGGAGGACGCCGUUGACUAUCUCAAGAGGGAAGGUUUCUUCUAUUUGGGACAGGCCUACAUUCUGGAUAACUUGAAUCUAAAGGCGAAAGCCUUUGUGAGGGACAUACACCUUCCAGACUUAUUGGUCUUCUCUCCUAAGACAGACUUCCACGACCACUUCCUGUACAAAGCUGGGCACAUUAUUCUGCAGGACAAGGCAAGCUGCCUCCCUGCCCAUCUUCUCAACCCCCCGCUCGGCAGUCAUGUCAUCGAUGCCUGCGCUGCACCGGGCAACAAAACCAGCCACCUUGCUGCCAUCAUGAAGAACAAAGGGAACCUGUUUGCCUUUGAUUUAGAUGCCAAGCGUCUGUCCACCAUGGCCACGCUCCUCCUGCGUGCAGGGGUCACGUGUCAGCAUCUGGCCAAUCAGGACUUUUUAAAGGUGGAUUUUGGAGACCCCCGGUAUAAAGAUGUGGAGUAUAUCCUACUGGACCCCUCAUGCAGUGGAUCAGGCAUGGUAUGUUUGAGGGAGGAUGCCGCCUCCUGUGACAAGGAGAAGGAGCAGCGUCGCCUGGCGUCCCUGGCCUCCUUCCAGCUCCUUUGCCUGAACCAUGCCCUCAAGUUUCCUCGCCUGCAGCGCCUGGUGUAUUCCACCUGCUCCAUCCACACCCAGGAGAACGAGGAGGUUGUCUCUGCCUGUCUGCAAGAGAAUCCCAGCUUCAGGCUGGUUCAUGUGAUGCCGCAGUGGCCAGAGCGAGGCUUGCAGCCACUCAGUCAGUGUCUGCGUGCCAGCACAACCAAGACCCUCACCCACGGCUUCUUUGUGGCUCUCCUGGAAAGAUGCACAGAGGGGGAGAGUCAAAACCAGGAGCAAACUGUUCCAGUAAUCAACUCCAGCCCAAAAGUGACGCCCUGUGAUCCAUCGACCCAUGAAGAGAAGCCCUCGGCUUCUAUAGAAGAGCCCAAUAUGAGUGAGGAGGAGACCAAGGACAAGGCUGCACCUGCUGAAGGACAGACUGUCAUUACGGCUGCCAAAAAGAAGAGAAAGAGGAAGAAGAAGAAAAAGAAGUCAACAGAAGCAGUGUAAAGCGAAACUUAAAAAUGGUUCCAUCGUCUUGUGUGGGGGAUAUGCCAUUCACAUGGACUCUCAUACAUUUCUUAUCAAAUUCCCGGGGAAUGUAACUGAAAAAAUAAAAAUUGUCUUGUUUGUGUCA